AUGUCAGGACGUAUCGAUACACACAUCCACGCCCUUCCCCCGGCGUACCUUGCAGCUGUGAAUGCCGCAGGAGGCGACCCUUCCGGGUUUCCAUCGCCUGAGUGGUCCCUAGAUGCCACCGUGAAGCUAAUGGAUAACAUCAGCACAUCUAUAGGCAUAUUGUCAGUCUCCGCUCCCGGUGCAUCAAUCGCGGGAAGUGGUGAAGACGGGCGAAAGCUUGCACGUACCUUAAAUAGCGAUCUCGCAGACCAGAUCAACAAGUCAUCGACAGAGAAACGUCUGGGGUUCUUUGGAGUCUUACCGGACUGGCAAGACGUCGACGGCACAGUAUCAGAAAUCGAGUUUCUUUACCAGCAGCAAAGACUCUGCCAUGGUGUAACCGUCUUUACCUCCUAUGGGGGCAAGCUCCUCGGUGACCCAGCCUUCAAGCCCAUCUGGGAGAAGCUUCAAGCUCACAAGGUUCUCAUCUUCCUCCACCCGACGGGCCUCGACGUGACGCCGAAGCUCAUAGCUUCAACUCUCCCGCAGCCGAUCGUCGACUACCCACUCGCAACUACCCGAGCUGCGGUGGACCUCGUCCUGACCGGGACCCUCCACGCCUGUCCUGAUGUCGACGUGAUUCUCUCGCACGCCGGAGGAACUCUCCCAUUCCUAGCCACCCGUGUCCUGGGAACACUCAACAUCCCAGCUCUCGCAGAUGUCGUCGCUGUGGAUUACGAGACUGCUCAAGCGGACUUUGCUCGGUUUUACUACGACACAGCAUUGAGCUCCAGCCCGACACAGCUAGGUGGCUUACUCGACUUUGCCGAUCCGUCUCACAUUCUAUUCGGAUCGGACUUCCCAUACUGCCCUGACCCGCUGAUUGAGCUCCAGGUUCUCUCAUACGAAGGGUUUGUUGCAUCUCAUCCGAGGGGGUCGGUUCUUGCGCCUGAGGUUCUGCGAGGCAACUCGAUGGCCUUGUUGAAGAAGCACAGUCAGGGGAGCGAUCCAAAUUGGGACUAUGAGGUGAAGAGGGUGAUGCAUGAAUCGAAGAUGUGA